AUGUCUUUUUGGUGUUUUAUUAAUUGCUCAUCUCUUUCAAUCUAUCCGUGCGAGGUAUACUAUAUGUGGCCCCUUAUUCUUGCUACUGCGCUGGAAUUUGUUGGUUAUGUCCUCCGGAAAUACACGAUUGACCAUCGAACGGAAAAGAACCCUGCGGUUAUCGGACAAGUGUUCAUUAUUAUGGCACCAGCUUGUUUCGCUGCAAAUCUCUAUAUGCUUGUAGGACGAAUCAUGGUGUCCAUUGGCUCGACUUACUCGAUUGUCCGGCCUCGGUGGAUUACACCCAUCUUUGUUGGGAUGGAUAUUCUAGCCAUUGGCCUACAAGGUCUCGGGGCUGGUAUACUCUUUGGCAACGAGGAUGACUUGAAUAAGCUCAAACGAGCGCGUUCGAUCCUCACGCUUGGUCUUAUUGUUCAGCUAGUGGCAUUUGCGAUCUUCCUCUUCUUCGCAAUUUGGUUUGACCUGAAGGCCACCAAGGCUCUUCGAGACCGAAUGAGGCGCGUACGGCCCUUGAUGAUUGCCUUCUACGUUACAGGAGCUUUGAUCCUUCUUCGCUCGGUGUACCGUGCAGUUGAGUUCCUCACGGUUGACUUCAGCCACUACCCUGUCAAAGGGUAUCUAUUUACUGUCGAGUGGGCAUAUUACGUGUUAGAUGCCUUACCGAUUGCUCUUGCUACCAUGACCUAUAACGUUAUUUUCCCUGCAAAUUAUCUUCCAAACGGCAAAAGUACAGAGGUCUCCUCUGGUGAUAAUCUUCCCAUGAGUACUGCAAACAAGGAAGAGCAGCCUGUCCAUCAUGCAUAG